UCCCGAGCGGCUCGGGCCCGAAGCUUCCUUUUCUGACCCAUGUGUCCCGGCCGGCCCUGGAACCAUCAUGGUCCUAUCGCGGCUCUCCCUGCCUGCCGAGCUGGCCUUGGGCACCGCCGUGCUGGGGGCGGCCUUCGUGACCGGAGUCUUCCUCGGGAGAAAAGUCCCCCAGUGGCUGUCGACCCCCCAGCAGCGGCGAGGGCCGGGGCGCCGGCUGCUGCCCCCUGAAGACGACCCCCUGUGGCAGUAUGUGCUGAGCCGCUCCAUGCGAGAGCACCCGGCGCUGCGGGGCCUCCGGAAGCUCACCCUGGAGCAGCCACAGGGGGAUUCCAUGAUGACCUGUGAGCAGGCACAGCUGCUGGCCAACCUAGCCCGCCUCAUCAAAGCGCAGAAGGCUUUGGAUAUUGGCUCCUUUACAGGCUAUGCUGCCUUGAGUUUGGCCCUGGCCUUACCGGCCACAGGGCGGGUGGUAGCCUGUGAAAUUGAUGCUGCUCCCACUGAGCUGGGAAGGCCCUUCUGGAGAGAGGCAGGUGAGGAGCAGAAGAUUGACCUUCGGGUGAGGCCAGCUCUGCAGACCCUUGAUGAACUACUGUCUGAAGGGGCAGCUGGCACCUUUGACAUGGCCGUCAUCGAUGGUGACAAGGAGAAUUGUGGCACCUAUUACGAGCGGUGUCUGAAGCUUGUUCGGUCUGGUGGGAUCAUUGCUAUUAGCAAUGUCCUAUGGAAUGGGGAAGUACUCAACAAGCCACAGAAGGGAGAUGGGGCUGUUCAGUGUGUCCGAGAUCUCAAUGAGCGGAUCCUGAGGGACUCCCGGGUCCACGUCAGCCUCCUACCCCUGGGAGAUGGCCUCACUUUGGCUUUCAAGAUUUAGGGGACCUAACCAGUCUCAGGGUAGGGAGAGACCCCGGUGCUGGCAAUGCUAUAUUUUGGGAAGGGAAGAGCUUGAGCUUAUGGACAAAUUUUUUUAAAGGACAAUUAAAAUGAGGGAUUGGGACCC